AUGGAGUAUUUCAUGCGUUACAUGGCAGUCCCUGGGAAAAUAGAAAGUAUCAACGUGGUCAUCGAUCUGAAGGACUUGACCAUUUCUCAAAUUCCCAUCGGAGUGCUUCGAGAAGUUCAUAGGAGCAUGGGUAUGUACUAUGUCGGGCGGAUCUUCCGCUUCUACAUUUGCAACAUGCUUGGGACUUGGCUUGAGAGCACUUUUGCCACGAAGAACUGCAGAAUGCACAGUGAUUAUAGUUUAAUUCUAAUAUACGAUAUUCAAAAUUACGAAGAGUUUUUUCAAUGCAAAGAAUGA